GCGGACGUGGCGGCGGCGCAGGGCCGGGAGGGCGGAGGACGUUCUGGGCGGCUUUUGGUAUUGUCAGACUCAGGCAGCAUGAAGACUGAGGCUCGGCCAUGCGCAUCCCCGGGACAGCGGAGGACCCGGUAGCCGUCCCCUCGCCGCAUCCGCUUCAUGCUGACGGGACAGACCUAACGUGAUGGCAGGGAGACAUCAGAGCUGGAGUUCUCCUGUUGCCGGAGUUCAGUUGAGUGGGCAAGUGCACGCGUUUGGGAACAGCACAGACAGCGACAUGUUGGAGGAGGAUGUUGAGGUGUAUGAGCUUCGAUCCAGAGGGAAAGAUAAAAUGCGAAGAAGUACAUCGAGAGACAGGCUUGAUGACAUUAUAGUGUUAACAAAGGACAUCCAAGAAGGGGAUACUUUAAAUGCAAUAGCCCUUCAGUACUGCUGCACGGUAGCAGAUAUCAAGAGGGUUAACAAUCUCAUCAGUGAUCAAGACUUUUUUGCCCUUAGGUCCAUCAAAAUUCCAGUCAAAAAGUUCAGUUCCUUGACUGAAACACUUCAUCCUCCCCAAGGAAGACAGGCUUCCCGUCCAGCUGGGCAGUAUGCACCGGAACACCAUGAAAGUGGGCCAGCUGAUGAUUCCCUUGCUUCCACUGAGUCAGCUGGUAGCUUUUUAAAAGAAGUAGAUCGAGACAUUGAACAGAUCGUCAGGUGUACAGACACCAAGAGAGAGAACCUCAAUGAGGUAGUGUCUGCCUUGACAACACAACAGAUACGCUUUGACCAUGAUACCAAAAGUCCUCAACGCAAGGAUCCGUACUACGGAGCAGACUGGGGGAUGGGGUGGUGGACAGCUGUGGUCAUCAUGUUGAUAGUAGGUAUAAUAACGCCAAUCUUUUAUUUACUCUAUUAUGAAAUUUUAGCUAAGGUGGAUGUCAGCCACCAUUCAACGGUGGACUCUUCCCAUUUGGACUCAGGAAUCACACCCCCAUCACAGCAAAGAGAAAUACAGAACAGAAUUGCUCCAACUAAAGGACUACGCUUGGGCCAAGAGGCUGAUCAUGAACUGUUUGGUCAGGAUUCUCAGUCACCUGCUGUUGAGCCCCAAACCUAGCAUUAGUUCCUGGCAGUGCAUUAGUGGUGAGGAGAGUCAGUUCCUACUCAAAGACCACUCCCAAGGAGACUGAAGAUGCUGUGUGGUUUUUACCUUUUACAAAAAUUUCUGAGCCAUUUAUUGGUGGAUUGGAUCUAAGGUUGCAGUUUCUACAGUUAGUGCUAAAAUGAAUCAAUGCCUCCAUCUGUUCUAUCAGUGCUUAAAGCAGAAAUGAAUUUCUAUGUGACUGCGAGGCCUUUAACUUGGAAGAUUUAUUAUUUUUUCUUACUCGAGACUAGUUAUGCUUACAUUUUUUUCAAGUAAUUAUUUUGGCUUCAGGUCAUUAGUAUUAAAUUUAUCAAGCAGAAUGAAAGUGUCGGGGUCGACAACUCAAGAAGAAAUAAUACUGUUAGCCACAAAGAUAACUUAGUUGCAGAAAAGUUUGGUUCUUAUUUAUGAUAGCAUGGUUAACACUGAAUUUUGGAACUUCUCCAAACCAUACCCAGCAGCUGUGUUUUCACAGUGAAACAGAAACAGAACCUGGGAACGUAUAUAUAAUUUCUGUAAUAAAGGUGAAGAGAUGGAGUAAAUGUUUUAAGCCCUUUAUAAAAUGUGUCAUUUUUGGGAAAUUGCCAUUUUGUCACUAGAACACUGGAAAAGGCCGGAACCAUAGAGGGAUUUUUGUCACUGUACAGAACGCUUUCUUGAAGGCAGAUACUUUCACCUCUCAUUUGCUGUUUGAAAAAUAAUUCUGUUUGCCUUUGAUGUUUGAAAGUGCUUUUGUGAUUCUUUGAUGAAAAGCGUUAUGCCUGUACAGGUGAGCAUUACUUAGGAAAUUCUUACAUACUGUGAUAAGCUGUUGCUGUGUUACAUAUGGUAACAUGCCUUAAAUACAUCUGAUGCCUUAUAUUACUUUAUGUAAGUUUUAGAAUUAAACAUAAUCUCAGAUGAUGCAGUUGGAUUCAUUAUGUAGGCUCCACUCACGAAUUGACAUCCUCAGCACCAAACACAAGUUAAUCGGGUGACACAAAUCUUUGUCUGCCCCUCGGCUCUGAUGGAGCAGAGGGCUUAUUAUCCAAAACACAAGAGGGAAGAGGCCUUUUGCAUUCGUGAAGGAAGAAAACUCUUGCCUAAGAAAAUGUCCCAACUCUGACUUUUUUUCAUGAGUUUAUCAUGAGGGGAACAGAGUUUAUCAUAUGGGAAACCAGCCCGAGGCCUGGUUUCAAGCGCUUGCUAGUGACAGUUCCAAAGAUUAGUGUGGACGGUCACAGCCUGGCUAAACUAGAAGCAUUUGCAUACAGACCCCAUCAUGUAAUUUUUAAAGGUGUUUUUGAAUUGUAACCAGAAUGAUCCUAUAGAAAUGAAAUUUGGUGGAAUCUGCAUUUCCUGUAUUGUGCAUAAUAAAGUAUAUACUCUAAGAUAUAUAAUGCCACUUCAUUCUCUGGACAGUAUUUCCUCAUUUUAAAUUUCAGUUUUCUGGUCAGUCAUUUUAAAAUCUCACACUGUUAUAUCAAUAAAAAAGUGGAUGAAUUUAAAAAAAUGUUAAGGUUUUAUGUAUUUUCAGAAGAAAAGGAUCAUUAAGAACUCAAGUCAACAAAAGGUUUAAAGCUCUAGCAUAUAUAGAAGUCUUUUAGAAGUUAGUAGAAAUAGCUAAUUAUGAGAAAAACCUGUGCAUGAAUUUUUGUUCUGCACCAAAAAUUAUCUCUUAAUUCCAUUUUCCUAUGAAGUUUUCUGAAGUAUGCUUCUGUUAGUGGAUCUUAAAAAAAAAUCAAAAGUGUUUAAUGGGGAAAUAGUAGCAAAAAUGAUUUGCUUAGUAAUCCUUUAUUUAAAAACUUUUUAAUAUUAAUGUAUGUUGGGCAUCUUGAAAAGAGUAAUAUGAUCUUGCCAGCUUAUACAGUUCUAGCUAGUUUAAAUUUAGUAAGCCUGCUGAAAAAUAGUUUCAGGGACAAAAAUGCAGAUUGUAGGUUAGCGUAAUCUAAACGUCCUUUGAAGAAUUUUGUUUACAUCAGAUUGAGAGAUUACAGUCAGUGUUCCUUUGUUGCUAACUGUACUUUGAAUUUGUGAUCAAAGGGUUUGAUUUCCAAAUAAGUUAUUUUUAAGUAAUGAAAUGUACUGUGUACUUAAUUAAAAUUUUCUGUCUCGCAGGGUAUCCUUUCUGAAGGAAAUAUAUAUGCUAUGACACAAUCAGGCAGUUUCUUUGAGUUGUAUACCUUUAAAUUAAUUUACUUUGAGUUAUAUAAUUCUAUAACUUAUCUGUUGUUUUUAAGAAAAAAUGUAAUAGGUUAAGAAAGUGUUAAAAAGCACUAAUUAACCUGCAUUAAAUUUGUAGCUAGUGCAAGCUACAUCAGCAGUCUGAUACUGCAGUUCUCACUGGGUAGAAACCCUUGUUUGAGUGACUUUGAAGCCCUAUGUGUGUGUGUGUGUGUGUGUGUGUGUAAGCAGCCAGAACAGCAUUCAUGUAUUGCUGCAUUUGGUUCACUUAGAGUUGGAACUGUAGAAGAAAAUCUUGUAUUUUUGUGAUAGAUUCUUAAUUUUUUUGUUAAGAUCGAGUAGACAUGGUUUCAUGUCUUUUAAGGAAUGGAUGCCAUUUAAAUCUAGUCCGUUUUGCCAUCAGUCCCUAGAAAACUACAGGAGUCGUGACUUAAAAUGUCACAGAAUCUGCUGGUCACAUGAAACAUCAGAACGAAGAUUGUAAUGUUGAAUUUGUCUUCUGCAAAGGAUGUUUUGGCUUUUGAGGUUUUCUUUUUGUGGAAUACUCCUGCUUGUUGCAGGGCAGAAAAGUUCAUUCAGUGAGCCAAGAAUGUAUCUGUUUCUAAAAUUAGCUAAUUAGAAAUAUGAAGGAUACAGUUAGGUUCAUAGAACUAUUUGGCAAGGAUGCCUUCCAAGUGUUAGAGGACCAAGGAGUUUCAGAAAUCUAUUUGAGUGGUGCAUUGCUGGGAUGAGAAUCAUUUGUACUU